GCUUCUGCCGCCCCUGGGUUGGCUGGCUUAGUCCGCAUGCGCAGUGGGCUCUUCCGGCCGCUGUGUUGCACAAAUGGUGGAAAAGAAAACUUCUGUUCGCUCCCAGGACCCUGGGCAGCGGCGUGUGCUGGAUCGAGCCGCCCGCCAGCGCCGCAUCGACCGGCAGCUCGAGGCCCUAGAGAAUGACAACUUCCAGGAUGACCCCCACGCUGGCCUUCCCCAGCUUGCCAAGAGGCUGCCCCAGUUUGAUGAUGACGCAGACACAGGAAAGAAAAAGAAGAAAACCCGAGGUGAUCAUUUUAAACUCCGCUUCCGAAAGAACUUCCAGGCCUUGUUGGAGGAGCAGAACCUGAGUGUGGCUGAGGGCCCCAACUACUUGACAGCCUGUGCGGGACCCCCGGCCCGGCCUCAGCGCCCCUUCUGCGCCGUCUGUGGCUUCCCCUCCCCCUACACCUGCGUGAGCUGUGGCGCCCGGUACUGUACCGUGCGCUGUCUGGGCACCCACCAGGAGACCAGGUGUCUGAAGUGGACUGUGUGAGUGGGGCGGAGCCUCAUCACCAUGCAGAGACAGAGGCAGGAGUGGAAGACUGAGCAGGGAAGGCCGCCUGGCCCAGGAAGACUAGGACUGACUACCAGGGCUGGUCCUGCCCACAGGCUGCUAUGGGAAUAAAGACCUUGUGUGAGGGCCACAGGCUGCCUGCUGCUCUGUGCCCUGCCCUGUCCCUUCCCACCCCCACCCCACCCCUCUCCAGGACAGAUCCGCACUCAGCUGCUACCACUCCCUCACUCCCCUGCCCACACUGCUUUUCUUAGUUACUGCUUUUGUUUUUAAGAGUCUUGCCAUGUAGACCAGGCUGAUCUUUCAAAGUUGAGCUCCUGUCUCCCAGGCACUGGGAUUACAGGUGCACAAUGCCUAGCUUCUUGGCAGU